CCCUGCCCCACUUUUUCUUCUUCCCUUCACUAUAUAUACAUCAAAAAUUUUCUUACAUUAACACCCCAUUCAAGCUUAUUUUUCAGUUUCUCUCCUUCUAACCCUCAUAAGAUACUACCUUUUUUCUCAACUAAGGUCCUAUAUGUCUCCUGCAAUGGCACUAAAUGAGCAAAAGGGCAAGGAUGAUAUCCCAGAAAGUCAAUAUCAGAAAGGAGUGAAACACUUGUGUGAGAAAGGUCAUCUUAAUGCGGUGCCUAAGAAGUACAUACUUCCUGUUUCCGAAAGACCCACCAAGAGUAGUGUGGAGGAUUCAAAUGUUGUGAAGCAAAAUCUUCAAUUACCCAUCAUUGAUUUUUCCGAAUUGCUUGGUCCAAAUAGGCCCCAAGUCCUUCGAUCCCUAGCCAAUGCUUGUCAACAGUAUGGAUUUUUCCAGUUGGUAAAUCAUUGCAUCUCGGAGGAUGUUGUGAGGAGCAUGAUAGAUGUGAGUGGGAGGUUCUUCGAUCUCCCUUUGGAGGAGAGAGCUAAGUACAUGACAACUGAUAUGCGAGCACCGGUUCGAUGUGGGACCAGCUUCAGCCAAACCAAAGACACUGUGUUGUGUUGGAGGGAUUUCUUGAAACUCCUGUGCCAUCCCUUACCAGAUUUACUCCUCCAUUGGCCUGCUUCACCAGUGGACUUUCGGAAAGUGGUGGCCACCUACGCAGAAGAAACCAAACAUUUGUUCCUGGUGGUAAUGGAAGCCAUCCUAGAGAGCUUAGGAAUUGUGGAAGCCAACCAAGAAGAGGAUGACAAUAUUCUCAAAGAGUUUGAAAAUGGGAGCCAAAUGAUGGUGGCCAAUUUCUACCCACCAUGCCCUCAACCAGACCUUACCCUUGGGAUGCCCCCUCACUCCGACUAUGGCUUCCUCACACUUCUCCUACAAGACGAGGUAGAAGGCUUGCAAAUCCAACACCAAGACAAAUGGGUCACCGUUCAACCCAUUCCCAAUGCCUUCGUUGUCAAUGUUGGUGAUCACUUAGAGAUAUAUAGCAACGGAAAAUACAAGAGCGUAUUGCAUAGAGUUGUGGCGAAUGAAAUUAAGAGUAGGGUGUCGGUGGCUUCGCUGCACAGCCUUCCCUUCAACUGCACGGUGAGACCGUCGCCAAAACUCGUUGACGAAGCGAAUCCGAAGCGUUACAUGGACACUGAUUUUGGGACCUUUCUUGCCUACGUAUCCUCCACAGAGCCUAACAAAAAGGAUUUCCUCGAGUCUAGAAAAGUGUUACACUGAAUUGAAUUGAUAUAUUAGAGACCAAAAUAAAGAAACAAGAGUUGAAGUGAGGGAUACAACAUGUAACAUUAAUCAUGGUUUAAUUUUGAAUUGAUUUCAAUGUCUAUGAUUCAUGAAUAACAGUCUCGCUGUAGUUCCUUGUCUUGUAGUAGUAGUAUUACUGUUCUGUGUGUGACUGUGAUCUUUGUCUCGCUGAUCUUCUCCGUACGUGUGAGUUGUAUAGAAUAAAACAGUCAAGCUUAAAAUG